AUGUCAAUGGACGCGAUGGAUAUCGACUCCGUUCCUCUCUCACCAGAGAGAAAGCGCAAAAAUAAAGAAAAUGAUGGCCAUUCCUCAAAGAAGCGCAAGCAUGAAGCGACUACUUUCGCACAGACCGCGGUGGACGAGAUCUCACCAAAGGCAAAGAAGAAGGAAAGGAAACACAAGAAUAACAAGGAUCACGUAUACCUCGAGGAAUCUGCACAAACACUAUCAGAUAUGCCCAAUGCGCGAUCAAAAAAGACAAAAAAACACAAACACCAUGCCCAACAGACCGCCGACAAUGACGACUAUGAGAAGGAGGAAGAUCAACGAUCCCCUCAAUCCCCAACAGCCACCAAGAAACCUCUCACAAAAGUGUCUACCUCUCAAUUGGAAUCUAUCUCCGUAGACCCUACUGCUUCUUCCCCCUUCUACCUCAUAACUGCCACCCUAUACGUCCCUCUCUACCCUAUCUCCAUCUCUCCUACCCACGCCCUAUCCUCUCUGCAAGCCGAACACCUUGCUCCAUUACUACUAACAUACUAUCACCCAUUUCGCGGCAUUGUGCUCGCCUACUCAAAUGCCUCCAUAUCUUCCAUUCCCCCAUCCUUCCCAUCCUCAAAAGCCGGAUCCGCAGCCACCCACAACCCAGACGAAGAAUUGAAUCCACAACCUUUAACCCUCGCCACAAGCGCAGGCGAAUACGGCGUUCUCUUCGUCUACCUGACAGCCACAUUCCUCGUAUUCCGCCCAGAACGUGGCCAGCAGCUCGAGGGGUGGAUAAAUGUGCAAUCCGACGGUUUUCUAGGUGCGGUGGUAUACAAUCUUUUCUCCGUCGGGAUCGAGCGGCGAAGGCUACCCGCUGAUUGGCAGUGGGUAGCGCCGGGAGAAGGAUCUACUGCUACACCAAAAAGCAACAACACUUCAAACUCUGCUGCCGUCACCGACGACGACGACGACGAAGACUCAGAUUUCGACUCUGACAAGGAAAACUUCCGCCCGCUACCCACCCGCUCCUUAGCCUCUGUUCUCGACCUAUCAACCCACAGCCAGUACAACCACACCCACAAUGACCCCAUCCAACUAUCCGCAAACCCCGACGAGGCCGCGACGGCCGGCUUCUUCCGCACACGCUCCGGGCGCCGCGUACGUGGGAUGAUCCGUUUUCGCGUGCGGGAUGUAGAUGUCAUCCCUGGCGCGGAGGCAGAUAAGGGUUUCUUAAGCAUUGAGGGGACGAUGUUGAGUGCAAAGGAGGAGGCGCAGUUGGUCGAGGAGGAGAGGAAGAGGGCUGGGUUAACGCCGUUGUCGGCGGCCGCCACGAUGGCGGGGGGCCUAGGGGAGGGCAGCACUGUUGCUGGGGAAGCUGAUGGGGAGGCACCGGGAGAGGUGCAGAAGGGUAAGGAGAAGAAGAAGAAGAGUAAGAAGGCGGCUUCGUAG